AUGGGAUGUACCCAAUAGAAAAUUUCAAAGAAGGAUUAAUUGAUGGAGGUUCCUAAAUAAAAUCUAUAAACUGGACCAAUUAUCAUGAGCAACAAAAUCGUAUUGUUACAAAUUUCAUAUUACAACGGAAGGUAAUCCCUGAAAUCCAUUGAUUAAAGCACCAUAUUGAAAAGAAGAAGAACUAAAGAAUAAAUAACUGAGCAAUCCUCCCCAACGAAAAUUUACAAGUGA